CCUCCACAAGUACACAACCCAUGCAUCAAAUCCUAUCUUCUUCCACAGAAGCCAUGGCUAUUUCGUCUCAUCAUGAAAACUCAACCAUUUUAAAGCUAUUUUCCAUAAAUAGCUAAUCUUUGCGAGUUUCCCUAUAUCCUCUCGUGCCCUAUUUUCCCCUUCUCAUGUCUCUUUCUCUCCAUCCCACCAGAAUGGGAAGAUCUCCGUGCUGCGACCAAAAUGGGUUGAAGAAAGGAGCUUGGACGCCUGAGGAAGACCACAAACUCUUAGCUUGCAUCCAAGAACAUGGCCAUGGAUGUUGGCGCUCUAUUCCCCACAAAGCUGGUCUUCAAAGAAGUGGGAAGAGCUGCAGAUUGAGGUGGAUUAACUACCUCAGGCCUGACAUUAAGAGAGGAAAAUUCAGUUUGGAGGAAGAGCAGACUAUCAUUCAGCUUCAUGCUCUUCUAGGCAACAAGUGGUCAGCCAUAGCCAGUCACUUGCCAAAGAGAACCGAUAAUGAAAUCAAGAAUUACUGGAACACACAUCUCAAGAAAAGGUUAUCCAAGAUAGGGAUAGAUCCUGUGGCUCAUAAGCCAGCUGGUGCUACCUCCGACUUAACCACCGUGAAUAACACCGAGAGCGCUACAUUCCUGAACCACAUAGCUCAUUGGACGAGCACCCAACUUGAACCCGAAGCAACACUAAUUAGGGAACCAAGGUCUACCUCGGCUUCAGCUCGACUGCUUAACAAAGUGGCUACUUCACUUGCAUCCACACCUUGUCUCAAUCUACCAAAAGGUUCACUAAGUGUUCUUGGCGUUGGGAGGAUGGGAUUUUCAAACACAGAGUGCUUUCACACUAAAAAUGGGAAUUUGAUUCGAUAAUUACUAAAUCUCAAGGAGGAGUUUUCUGAUAUUGAUGGUGGAAAUUCUGAAAAUGGUGGAGCUGUGAUAGCACAGAUCAAAUUAGAAGCAAACAAUAAUUAUUGGAGCAUCAUUCUCAGUUUGGUUACAUCUGUAUCACCUACUGCACCCAUUUUAUGAAAUAAAACCAAUUGCCAAGUUUCAA